ACUUUAGUAAAGAGAAAUGGAACGAAGCGAGAAGCGAGAUUCGCGCGAGACUAUAAGAAGAACCCAAGUAUACUCGUAGAACCCAAGCGUCUUUCGCACAAAACGAACGUCGCUUCCAAAAAAAAAAAAAAAAAAAAGAAAAAAAAACGUGUUUCACAACUCUUUAGUAAAACAAGAAACAAAUUUUAAUAUAAUAUAUAUUUUUAAAUAUAAAAAAUAUUGAAAUUAAAAAAAAAAAUUAAUAAUUUAAAAUUACAUUAAAAAAAAAUAAUAUGACUAAAAAUAAUAUUGUUACCGAGGAACAGGAAUUAAAACCAAAAAAUGUGAUAAUAGAAAAAGUGAUUGAAAAUGGAAAGAAAAAGGAGAAGAAGAAAAAAAAGGAGAAAGAACCAAAAAUUAAAGAUAAUUUUGUGCCACCCGAUGGUGGAUGGGGUUGGAUUAUUGUUGUUGCUGCUGGAUUUUCAAAUUUCUGCAUUUUUCCACUGAUGCAAUCGUUUGGUUUAAUCUUCAGAGAUCGAUUCAUUGAAAUGGGAAUAAGUUCUUCGGAAAUCACGACACUUAUGAAUAUUAAUAAUGCGACAACCGCUUUUAUAGGUUUGGCGAAUGGUCCCCUAUUUCGAAAGUAUAGUUCAAGAAAAAUUGGCGUCGUUGGAGGAUUAGUUUGUGCAAUUUCAAUAACAAUAUUGUCACGCAUGGAAUCAUUUACAGGAUUUUUAAUAUUCUUUUCCAUUCUCUAUGGUAUUGGAAUUGGCAUUACAAUGUCUGCUAAUGCAUUGACGCUCAACACCUAUUUCAAGGAGAAACGAAGAAUUGCCACUGGAUUAACAUGGACUGUCACUGGAAUGGGACCAAUUGUCAUGCCAUUGAUUAUAACACAACUGAUGACGAUUUAUGGAAUGGAGGGUACUGUUUUAAUAUACGGUGGAUUGGCCUUUAAUGCCGCAGCAUGUUCAUUAUUUUUCCAACCGGUUUCUUGGCAUGAGAAAAAAAAAUUAAAUGAUCCAGAACUUGCAAAAAACGUUGAAAUUGAUCCAAAGGCAGAGGAGUCACCAAAUGAAGCAAAUGAAAAAUUACUAAACAAUGAACACAAUAUUUCCAUGGAAAAUAUUAUUCGAGCGAGAAAAAUGUCCCUUGGAGCAGAACAAUUUACAGCUAAAGAAGUUUUUGGCAGUCAAUAUUUAUAUUACGAUGAUAAAGAACAGGGAGCAUCUGGUAUUGAUGUGAUUGGACCUGGAACUCCAAUGAUGUCAAGAGCAAAUGAUGGUUUGUUCUCGAAGCUAAAUGCUUCCAAUGCAUCCUUGGCAUCAAAGAGGGAAAAUUCUGUUCGAAGUAGACGUCCUUCUCUAGGCAGCAGGCAGUCAUUGAACAGGCUAUCCAGUGAUUUUGACUAUCGAAAACGGAGGAACACUCUUGAAAAUCCACUGGUUUCAGUCAAUGAGACAAUAAAUGAGAAUGCAGUUCUGGAUAAAAAUAUUGCGAAACAACAAUCGGAGUCUAAAGUUUAUGCAUUCACUGAAGAUUUAGAGAAUCAGGAUAAUAUUCCUCAGAAAAAGAAUGUUAAUUAUUGGCUGAAGAGGACAGGCAACGCCAUAAUCGUCUUCUUUGAUCUCGAUCUACUUCGUGAUCCAAUUUAUGUAAAUCUAAUGUUGGGCAUUACAUUCGCCAAUUUUACGGAAUUAAAUUUCGCCCUCCUGACGCCAUUUAUACUCGGUGAGUAUGGCUUCACAAAAUUACAAGUUGCCACAUUUAUGUCCGUAUUGGGUGGAAUUGAUGUGAUCACAAGGAUUUUUAUUCCCUUCGUUGCAACAUACAUUGGAUGGGAGAACAGAACUUUUUUCCUAAUUGGCGUCGGAGGAUUGGGUCUCGGUAGAUUAGUUUUGGCGCACGUACACACUUAUGGUGUUGCAAUUGCAGUGGCAAUUUUAAUGGGUAUUGGUAAAGCAAUGAGAACAAUUUUCAUGGCCCUAGUAAUUCCAACUCACGUUCCAUUAUCAAGACUACCAGCGGCUUCAGGUCUUCAAUUGGUGACAAGUGGAAUUGUUUUUGUUUGUAUUGGACCAAUUGUUGGUUGGCUACGUGAUUCAUUGGGAGACUAUGCAAUAACACUUCAUUGUCUAAAUAUUUUUACAUAUUUGACAAUAAUUUCCUGGACACUUGAGGCAUGGUAUACAAAUUAUCGUCGAAAAAAAAAUCAUAAUGAAGAAGAAAAAUAGAAUUUAUUCUUUUUUUUCCCCGGAAAGGAAACAAUAUCAAAAAAAUAGUCAAAGAAUUUUUUUCAUUCAUAGUUUUUCAAAUUUUGUUAUAUGAAAAAUAAUAAUAUAUUUUUUUAUAUUGUUUUAAAUGAGUUUAGAACAAAAGAAAAAAGUUAAUCAGAAAAAAAGUCAAAGACUUUUUUUAGGCAAAAAAUUAUAUAAUUUUGAAAAAUGAAAUGAUUUGCAUUUAGUAAAUGGAAAAAAGAUACAAAAAGAGAAUUUAAAAUUGACAAUUGUACUUAAAAUGAAAGGAAAUUUAGAUUUUGAUUUAUUAAAAUAAAAAUCAGUUUGAUUUAUUAAGUCGUUGACGAAAUUAUAAUUAUGUUACUUAAUUUCAAGAUAUUUAAUUUUAAUUUGUAUUAAUCCAAACUUAAAUUAUAUUAUUUAUGCUCUAAAUUGUGAUGAUAUUAUAUAUUGAAUACUAUUAUUAACAUCGUUGUAUUUACAAUAUAAUGAUACCGAAUAAUGUAACAUGAAUACUUAAAUUUGAUACUUAUAUAAAUAAGCUAAAAAAUUAUACAAAGAUUCUUCGCUAAUUUUUUUUUUUAUAAUUCGUACAAUUUUAUAUUAAAAAGAAAUUAAUAUAUACCUAUAUAAUCGUGCCUUGUAUUUAAUAUAUAAAUUUAAAUAUUUCAUAAUAUAUACAACACGAUAUUUUUAUAUAUAUAUAGAAAACUAAAUAUUUUUAUAGAAUUUUUUUUAUUAAUAUAUAUUGUAAUUAAAAUUUUGUUCAUAAAAAUCGACUAUUAUAAAUAUUUGAACAUUUAAUAACGCUUGUAUGAUGACAAUGUUUACAAAUAAUGUAAAUAAUUUACGAAUUAUAUAUUAUUAAUAAAAUUUAAAAAGAAAAGUCUA